CGACGAAUGUGCAAAUCCAAGCACAAACCCUUGUCAGCAGAACUGUGUCAAUACAGCAGGAAGUUACUCGUGUUCAUGCAACGAUGGCUACAUUAUCAACAGCACUAACCCCAAUAUGUGUGAAGACAUCGACGAAUGUGCAGAUCCAAGCACGAACACUUGUCAACAGAACUGUGUCAACACAGCAGGAAGUUACUCGUGUUCAUGCAACGCUGGAUACAUCAUCAGUAGCACUAACCUCGAUAUGUGCGAUGACAUCGACGAAUGUGCAAGUCCAAGCAUAAACACUUGUCAACAGAACUGUGUCAACACAGCAGGAAGUUACUCGUGUUCAUGCAACGCUGGCUACAUCGUCAGCAGCACUAACGCCAAUAUGUGUGAAGACAUCAAUGAAUGCACUGUUGGGAAUCCAUGUGAGCAAAUAUGUACCAACACUGAAGGAAGUUUCUCAUGUUCAUGCUAUCCUAGGUUCUAUAUUAAUAGCACGCACCCCAACAAGUGUGAAACUACGUGUAGUGCUUAUUGGGAAAGCUCAGAAAUUUACUAUCAGGCCUCAACACGAAAGGAAUGUUUUGAGUCGUGUGUAAGCCAGCCGUUAUGCUUAUCAUUCGAAUAUCAAAUAGGCGGCGACUGCAUCGUUUAUCCAGUGGCGGGUAGUGCAGUUGACACUAAUAUUAAUGUAAAUUCUAUAGAUUACAUCAAAUGCAGUAAUACAAGCUCCCAAUGUGCCACCUUUGGCAGAAUGGAAAUGCAAUCAACAAAUUAUUACACUGUAAAUGAAUGUUUCACAGCUUGUGUGGCGGAUCCGUUUUGUUUCCUAUUCAUGCUUUAUCUAAGCGGGCCAUGUACUAUAUUCAGAAUGGCAGAUCCUGUCAGCAUGGACGUAGAGGAAACGUCAACCACUUUUGUUUCCUGCGAUGUAUUGUAAAUGGUUUUGUUAUUUGGUUCGUUCUCCAAAUAAUAAAAUAUGGAAAGUUUUUGUUAAUUGGUUCGUUCUCCAAAUAAUAAAAUAUGGAAAGUUUUUUUUAAAUUGGUUCGUUCUCCAAAUAAUAAAAUAUGGAAUGUUUUUGUUAAUUGCUUCGGUCUCCAAAUAAUAAAAUAUG